GCAAAGGAUUCAAUAACAUUCUCAACAGGAUCCAAUAACUAUUAUGCAACACAGAACCCUACAAGGGGGGAUAACCUUUGGUGGGUUAAGCAGUUACCAUGGCAACAUACUGAAGGCAAACAAGUCUACGAGGAAGAAGAGUCGAAUAGGAUCUGCAGAAAACUUCUUUUUUAUUUUGUGUUAUGGGGAAAGGUGGAAGCAAGUUGAAGAAGGAGACCGUCAACAAGUUGGUGGAAGACACUUACUUUACCGAGAAAGAGAUCAGGCAGUGGCACAAAGGAUUCAUUAAAGAUUGCCCAAAUGGCCAACUUACGGAACAGGGCUUCCUUCGGAUCUAUAAACAAUUUUUUCCUCAAGGAGAUCCGUCCAAGUUUGCUCGCUUGGUCUUUAGAGUAUUUGACGAGAAUAAAGAUGGAACCAUCGAAUUUGAAGAAUUUAUCCGAGCACUUUCCGUGACGUCAAGAGGAAAUUUGGAUGAAAAGUUGGUCUGGGCUUUUAAGUUGUACGAUGUGGAUAACGAUGGCUACAUAACUAGAGAAGAAAUGUAUAAUAUCGUCGAUGCUAUCUAUCAGAUGCUGGGUAGUCAACCAAAGGAAGAGGAAGAGGAGGAGGAAUUGUCUCCUAAGGAAAGAGUAGACAAAAUUUUCGAACAGUUAGACAAGAACCAAGACAACAAACUCUCCAUGGACGAAUUCAAGGAAGGUUCUAAACAAGAUCCAAAAAUAGUUCGAGCACUUUCCCUCUACGCACCUUGAUCCACAUUAAGCACCGCAUCU